AUGUUGCUCCUGGAAGGAAACCACAGUACUGGAGCCACAUUCACCCUCUUGGGCUUCUCAGAAUAUCCGGAUCUGCAGAUUCCCUUGUUCCUGCUAUUCCUGACCGUCUACACCGUCACUGUGGUGGGGAACCUGGGCAUGAUCAUGAUCAUCAGGGUCAGUCCCCAACUCCACACCCCCAUGUACUUUUUCCUGAGCCACUUGUCCUUUGUCGACUUCUGUUACUCCACUACAGUUACCCCCAAACUGUUGGAAAACUUGGUUGUGGAAGACAGAACCAUCUCUUUCAUAGGCUGCAUAGUGCAAUUUCUCUUGGCUUGUAUAUUUGCAGUGUCAGAAACGUUCAUGUUGGCAGUGAUGGCCUAUGACCGCUUUGUGGCAGUUUGUAACCCUCUACUCUACAAAGCUGUCAUGUCCCAAAAGCUGUGUGCAUCGUUAGUGGCAGGGCCCUACUCAUGGGGUAUAGUCUCUUCCCUGACACUCACCUAUUUUCUCCUGACAUUGUCCUUCUGUGGCUCUAACAUCAUAAAUAAUUUUGUCUGCGAGCACUCUGUCAUUGUCUCUGUGUCCUGCUCGGACACCUACAUCAGCCAAGUGCUUUGUUUUGCCAUUGCCAUGUUCAAUGAGGUGAGCAGCCUGGUAAUCAUCCUCACUACUUAUAUUUUUAUUUUUGUCACUGUCAUAAAAAUGCCUUCUGCUGGUGGGCGCCAAAAAGCCUUCUCCACUUGUGCCUCCCACCUGACUGCCAUCACCAUCUUCCACGGGACCGUCCUGUUCCUUUACUGUGUACCCAACUCCAAAAACUCAUGGCUCAUAAUCAAAGUAGGUUCUUUAUUUUAUACCGUGGUGAUCCCCAUGCUGAACCCUCUAAUCUAUAGCCUCAGAAACAAAGAUGUGAAGGAGAGUGUCAGGAAAUUAAUUAAUCACUCAAUGCAAUUUUGUCAAAGGUGUGCAUUUUCAAAAGAGAUUUGA